AUGCUGCGGGUGGCCGUAGCCUUGAGUGUGGCAUUUGCCGUUUCGCUCAGUAAGACACCCAACGAGAAGUUGAAGGAAUGUUGUGCGACUCUUAAACAAGCGGACAAGGAAUGCGUGAACAAAUUCUGUGAUUUUAACGCUAUUUCACAAACUAACAUUCUCAACUAUCUCUCCACUUGCUCGGAACGUGGGCCUACUGUCGGAAAUAUGUGGGAUUGCGCUUCUUUACGUCAUGAUCACACCGAAUGUUGUAAGUCGAAGGGCGUUGAAGGAAAAUGUCUUGAAUACUGCUCAGCGCACGAUGGUGUCCCCACCAAUUACCUCGACUACCUAUUCUGCGUCGAGUCCUUCAACGAGAUCCGAGACUGCUUCAUGGAUCACCUCUCGAAGAAUCCCGCAUUCAAGAAGGGAUAA